CCUUCCUAACAAUAAUUUCGUGAGCUACACUUAUAUCAGAACGUGCCACAAUAAUCAAAAAAGUUAAUUUUUUAUAAUGUUGAUAGAAUGCUAGAUACGUCACUGGCCCCACGUGUGGUUGUUAUGGAGCGUUCAGGGGUUCGGGUGUUGGACAGGCGAACGCCGAAGAUCUCGUAAAAAAAAACGUGAUUUUAAUUCAGCUGACCAUUUAGUUAAAUUACAGCCUAGUAAAGUGUUCCCGUUCGUGUAAGUUAACAUCAGUGAGACAAUAUGGGUCGCAAAGCAAAUUAUGAUGAAAAGCCGAAACGCGGCAAGGGUCGAAAAUCACGAGUGCAGCCACCCCCGCCGUUGCUAAAACAACUAAAAGCAAAAAAUGAACACAAAAAGCUAUCACGGAACCAACUAAAACGGCUGAAGAAACGCCAUCUCAAGGGACGAUUAAGCAACGAUGGAGCCAAAAAAAAUACAAAGAAACCUGCCUCUCGGCUUGAUAAUUCCGAAGCCGAACCCGAAGCUUUUGAAGAAUUCUCGGACAAGGAGGAGCAACAGCUGGCUAACAUGGACGAGUCUAUGGAAAACGACGACAAGACAAAGGCCCAGGAAUACACAGAUGAUAACAAAAACUGGCUUAAACCCAAAACUAGGUCAGGGUCUAAAGGUGGAAAAGCAUUGUUUGAUGAGAGUGAUGAUGACAACGAGGGUGUCAUGGAUGACGACUUCACAACGGCCACUUCUGGAGAAAAAAAAAAACAUGAUGGGGUGGAAGGCGAGGUAGAAGAUUUUUCGGAUGCAGAAGAAAUGCACGUUGAGCGUAAGGCAAAAGAACUUCUGAAAAAACAGCAGGAAGAUGCCAAACUCGAAAAGGAUGAACUGGAGGAUACUAAACGGAUGGGUGGUAGAUUUUCGGAUGAUUUUCGCCUGCCGACAGCCGAAGAAGUGGCUCGCGAACAGGAAGAGCCUCAGGACAUGGCGACUAUCCAGCAACGAAUCAAAGACAUUUUAUAUGUUCUCGCUGACCUUGCAUACCGCGGUGAGACUGGUCGCCCCCGUCGUGAUUAUCUUGAACAGCUGUCAAGAGAUUUCUGUACCUACUAUUCUUAUAAUGACUUUCUUAUGGAGAGAUUGAUGCAACUGUUUAUGCCCGGUGAGCUUGCCGAGUUCCUUGAGGCAAAUCAGGUUCAACGGCCGAUCACUAUCAGGACGAAUACAUUAAAAACUCGUCGGCGUGAACUUGCCCAGGCGUUGCUCAAUCGAGGAGUCAAUCUGGAUCCGCUUGGCGAAUGGUCUAAGGAAGGACUAGUCAUUUAUAACUCCCAGGUACCGGUUGGUGCGACUCCUGAAUAUCUUGCUGGUCACUACAUGCUUCAGGGUGCUGCGUCAAUGUUGCCAGUACUGGCAUUGGCGCCUCGGGAAAGUGAAAAAGUGCUCGACCUUUGUGCUGCUCCUGGAGGAAAAUCGGCCCACAUUGGGGCCCUAAUGAAAAACACUGGCGUUUUAUUUGUUAACGAUGUGCAGCCGGACCGUUGCAAGGCGAUCAUAGCGAACUUGCAUCGUCUUGGAGUUACAAACGCUGUGGUAAGCGCGGUAGAUGGGCGGAAAUUUAGCAAGAUAAUGACCGGGUUUGAUCGUGUUCUGGUGGAUGCCCCCUGUUCGGGUUCUGGUGUUAUGUCAAAGGAUGAAAGGGUAAAAACGUCGAAGGACGCUAAAGACAUUCUUCGCUGCGCGCAUUUGCAGCGAGAAUUGCUGCUUACGGCAAUAGACUGCGUGGAUGCAUUUUCUCCAAGUGGUGGAUACAUCGUCUACUCUACUUGUUCAGUUCUACCUGAAGAAAACGAGUGUGUCGUGGAUUAUGCUGUCAAGCACCGCCAUGUCGAAAUUGUUGAUACUGGUUUGAAAUUUGGCCGCGAAGGCCUCCCGCGCUAUCGAGAGCAUCGGUUUGGACCACAGAUGAACCUCGCUAAGCGUUUCUACCCCCAUACGCACAAUAUGGAAGGAUUCUUUAUCGUUAAGCUGAGAAAAGUUUCAAACGGCCCUAAACUCCCUAAAAAAAUAGCUACUAGCCCAGAACUUACCCAACAAGCUAACAAAGCUCAUUCGCGUUCGGAGAACAGAAUUCUGAAAAAAAGCACUAAGAAAGCCCAACAAACCGGAGCUGAAGGUAAUACUAAACCCAGGAUUUUGCUCAGAAAGAAACAAAAGCUACUUGAGAAUAGAAAAAAACAAAAAAGCCGACGGUCUUCUGUUGUAAACGGCAAGUUGAUGCAACCACAAAAAGCCCAAAAAGUUAAUGACUCUAAAGGAUCCGUGCCAACUUUCAAGGAGAAUGAAAAUGUGAAGUCAAAAGUGUCCAAGAAAGCAUUGUUGAAAAAGAAUGUUAAUGGAGCCAAGAAAAAGUUAUUACAGCCGUUAGCGGGUGUAAAAAAAUUUGUGAAGCGGUCUGGAGAAGCGCUGGCGUAGUUAGAAGGUAGUCGCAUAUUAGACGUUGUGGAAACACAUUGAUUGAAUAGGAACUAGCUUCGAAUAAGACGUUACAUGCUCUAGGGUCUCGAAUAUGGUGAAAAAAGGGUUACGGGCUUCUAAACGUGCUAUUUAGAAGGAAGCUCCACGCGUUCGUUCACGUGUUGCUUUGUAUACUGAACUCCUUAGCAAAAAAAAAAAUAUAUAUAUAUAUAACGAAAACGAAAUACAAUAUCGAUAGUAUAAAACUUAAUGAUUAACAUAAUGAUAAUGUUGUAUAAAGUAAAUUGCAAAGCGUGUUGCAUUUUUUAUAAUUAGCAAAGAUGGCACUCGAAACGUAAAAUAAAAUAACGCUGACACGGAAGUUAAUUCUGCAUACUAAAGAUGCAUACCUCUGUGCGGCUGCGCUGAAAAGAAAUUAAUAAAGUUGUUUUUAAUUUCAUCGUGAUCUUGCUAUCAAAAUUGCGCUUAAUGUACGAUAGCGAGGGGUAUCAUUUUGGGCAAAGCAGACUAAUUUAGCUGCA